AUGACGGCGUGGAGUAAUGUGCUCCGCCAGGUAGACUUACAAAGCGACCCGAACCGGGUAAUUUCUAUGUUCCGGGCCAUCCAGAAGGUGGCAUACGACAGCCCAGUUUUGGAUCCUUACGCUUAUGCAUCUUUGAUCAAGGCUUGCAACAAGCUAAAGUAUGUCAACGGAGGGAAAUCGGUGCAUGGUCGUGCUGUGAAGCUUGGAUACGAUGGCAGUUUGAGCGUUCGGAAUAGCUUGAUUCAUCUCUAUGCGGGUUCCGAGAUUCUGAACUAUGCACGCGUACUGUUCGAUGGAAUGCCCGAGAGAAAUGUUGUUACGGUUAAUGGUAUGCUUUCUGGGUUAUUGAAGAACAAUAGAUUCUUUGAAGGUUUGCGUUUGUUUCAUGAAGCUUUUGGUGAGGGGUUGAAGCCAAAUCAUGUGACUUUGGUAGUUCUGAUCUCUGGAUGCGUAGAAGCUGGGAGAUACAGACUAGGGAUGCUGCUUCAUUCUUUCUGCUGCAAGAGCUGUCUCGAUUCGGCAGUUGAAGUUGGCAAUGCUCUGCUUGAUUUCUAUGCAAAAUUCGGAUUCAUGAAUGAUGCAGUGAGGUUGUUUAGCAAUAUGUUGAACAAGGAUUUGGUUUCGUGGAACACCAUGAUUGCAGGGUAUGCAAAGAACGGUGGUAAUUUGGGACAGGCUUUCGCUUUGUUUAGAGAAAUGAGAAAUGGAUAUGCAGGUUACGACAGGGUUUCAUUGGUUAACUUAGCAUUGGCCUGUGCUAAUGGUAGAGAUCUUGUGAGGGGGAAGAUGGUUCAUGGGCAUGUGGUAGUAGCAACUGGAGCAGAUACCAGUCUCAGUCUCUCUGUAGGUACUGUGUUCAUUAACAUGUACUCAAAAUGUGGUUUCAUGGAAUACGCUAGGAGAAUCUUUCGCAAGCUGCCAGACGAAAAUGUCGCCUCCUGGAACUCGAUGAUUCACGGGUGUGUCGAAAGGGGGCAAAACAGUGAAGCUUUGGCCCUAUUUGAUUCUAUGAAAUCCAGAAGGAUGGUCAGGGCGGAUGAGGUAACAAUGCUGGGACUAAUCUCUGCAUGUCGUAAUUCUGGACAACUGAGUCGUGGCAUUGAGAUUCACUUGUAUAUUGACGCCAUUGAUCAUCUCGGUAAAAGCCUUGUCUUGCAAAAUGCUCUGAUUGACAUGUAUGCAAAAUGCGGGAUCAUGGAUCGAGCUCGAUUAGUGUUUGACAAAAUGCCCCAAAAGGACGUGAUAUCUUGGACGACGCUCAUUGUAGGUCAUGCCAUUAAUGGCGAAGGUGAAGAAGCACUCCUUGCUUUCAGCCAUAUGCGUGCUGAAGGAAUCAACCCAAAUUGUGUGACGUUCAUUGGGGUUCUAUCAGCGUGUGACCAUUCUGGCCUGGUAGAUGUGGGCAAGAAGAUGUAUACGAUGAUGAUUGAGUGUUAUGAUAUUGAACCAAAAAUUGAGCACUACGGCUGCAUCGUUGAUAUGCUUGCUCGAGCAGGAAUGCUGGAAGAAGCCAAGAGGUUCAUGGAGAAGAUGUCCAUGGAGCCGAAUGGAGUUGUUUGGAGGAUGCUUGUAAAUGCCUGCAGGGUUCAUGGUGAUAGUAGACUCGGUUUGAGUUCAGUGGAUAAGCUCAUGGAAGCAAAUAAGUCGAGCGUCAUGGCCACUGAGGAUCGUGUUCUUUGUGCUAAUGUAUUUGCUGAGACAGAAAGAUGGAAUGAGGUUCUGCAUGAAAGGACCAUAAUUGUGAGCCAGAAAGAUCCCAAAGAAGCAGGCAUAAGCUCCAUUUUGACUCAAUAG